CGCCAAGAUGGCCGUCAUUUGAUUAGUGUAUUUCCAUUAUAAAGAAGUAUAUUUUUCAGAUAUCGACUAAAAGAAGCAUGGAAUCUUUAAGUCUAUAUCAUGGUCUAUUAAAUGUUCAUUUGAUUUGUUGACAAAAUGUCACAUGAACAGAAAGACAGUAGUAUUCGCACACGUUGUGAUUCUCGUGACAGAUCGGGGCUUGAAAUGCCAACUCUGUCCAGGUCAAACUCGAGGUCUGAAUCAAAAGACAAAAUUUCCUCGGAACAGAAUGUGAAAAGCAUGGCUGAACCUUCAACGUCUGGACUCGAUCGAUCAGAGUCACGGGAAUCUAUCAAGUCCAGCAAAUCUGAUAGUUGGAAAGUUAAAGAAUACACAUGUACAACAGAUUCACCCGAUAGACAAUCGAAGGCUUCAGAGUCAGAUAAAAAAUCCACACCUCCUGUACUUCAAAGCAUUCCUCCAGAACCUGAGCACAAGCCCAUCAAGUUAAAGUUGUCUCUUGCACAGAUCAAAGCUUUUCAGUCUGCUGCAGAACAUGAUUCAGAUUCUGCAAACUCUUUUGAAGACUAUCCAAAGAAAAAGAAAAAAGAUGGAAGCUCAGGAAAAAAGAAAAGAAACAAAGCUAAGAGGAAGUCUAAGUCUCACUCAGUAGAUCCGGACUCGUUGGCACCCCCGGAGUUGGAGUUGAUGGAGCCAGGGGAAGGUGCAGGGCUAGUGACAAGUGACACUGACCCCCUUGAGCCGGAGCCCCUCGCCCUCCUGGAGGCCAUGGAUGUUUCCACUGACAGCACACAGGGAACCAGUUUCAUGGAUGUGGAGGAUGACGAUCCUGUCAGCCAGUACAGUACGAAGAUGUGUUCAUUUUGUGGAUGUGGGCGGAAGAGCCUGCUUGGUCAAGGUGAGCUGUGUCUCUAUGAGCCCACGCCUGGCCUCAACGCGUUGAAGCGUCCCCUACCCAGGCUGUCCAGGAAGCCGGGGGACUCAGAGGAGAGGGGGCCAGACCGAGGACCCAAACCCCUAACUUCCCGCAGGCAGCGUGGACCAGGCAAAAAGGAUUUGUUUCGGUCACCAAAGAGAGGGAUAGACGAUGACAUUAAUGAAGGCUUUGACGAGCUUUCAACUGUUGGCUUUCCAGACGAUGUAGAUCUUACCUCAAUAUUCGAACCCACAGGACACACUUGGGCCCACCAGUGCUGCGCGGCGUGGUCGACUGGUGUUGUUCCAUCAGGGGAAGACUCUCUCACCGAAGUGGAUUCUGCUGUCCUUACUGGCCUCACUCAGAAAUGCAGCUAUUGUCUCCGUUUUGGUGCGACAAUUCGGUGUAGACAGCCGCACUGUAGUAAAAUGUACCACUAUCCGUGUGCCUCGGGGGGCGGAUGUUUUCAGGACAUGAAGACAUUGAGCCUGCUGUGUCAGGAACACUGUGACGAGGCCCACGCUCUAGGUGAGGAGGCAGUGUGUGUGGUGUGUAACCUGGCGGGGGACCUGGCCAGCCAGCUGUUUUGUACGUCAUGUGGCCACCACUACCAUGGCAGCUGUCUCCACCCUGCUGUUGAGGUCAACCCUACUGUCCGCGCAGGAUGGCAGUGCCCUGACUGUAAAAUAUGCCAGAUGUGCAGGAACCCUGGUGAGGACAGCAAGAUGUUGGUGUGUGACAUGUGUGACAAGGGAUACCACACCUUCUGUCUCAAACCUGUCAUCACCUCCAUACCAAAAAAUGGAUGGAAGUGCAAGAACUGCCGUAUCUGUGAGGACUGUGGGUCGCGGACACCCGGUGCAGGGCGUAGUUCACGAUGGCACAACAACUUCACAGUUUGUGACUCCUGCUACCAGCAGCGUAACAAGGGCCUCUGCUGCCCUCUGUGUGGCAAGGCGUAUAGGCACUUUGGUCAGAAGGCCAUGGUUCAGUGCACUAUGUGCAAAAAACUGGUGCAUGCUGACUGUGAUGAGGCGAUUGGUAAUGGGAUGUUACAACAAGUGAGGAAUGAUGAACCAGUCAACUACAUGUGCCGUAUAUGCAGAAACAGGGACCCAGAGAUGGACAUGCCAGAUUUCCCAGUACAGGGAACACCAGCGAGCUUCCUCCCGGGAAUGGUUGAUGAUUCCAUGGACAGUGUCCUGGCUCAUAAAGUAUGUGAGAGCGUGGCUGGUGCAGGGGAGAUGUCAGAGGAGCCAGGGGAGGACAGUUCCCACCAUUCCUCCGCACAGUUCACAGGCAUCAACGAAGACUCUUGCUCCAGCAUUGAUGUAGACUCCCUUGGCAAGUUUUCUCCACCCUACAUGGUACUGGGACGGGAGGGUGACUUGCCAUAUGGCCGCGGUAAACUCAUUGCAAGGAAAAAAAUGGCACUUGCUGGCAAGACUCGGGGUCGUGGAAUAGGCCAGAGGGGUAGACCGGUUGGAUUUGCAGGGAAAAGGCGAGGACCAAAAGUUUCUCGUGGAGCUGGAAUACGAUCUGAGAUGCCAAAGACGAAAAAUAAUGAUGAAGAUGAUGAUGAUGACCAUCCAAACACCAUUGUGCUGGCAAAAAAGACCGACAAAUUCACUCUAGAUCAGGAUGUGUGUAAGAGUUGUGGAAGUAUUGGGGAGGGUGAGGAAGGCAGGAUGCUGGCGUGUACUCAGUGUGGACAAUGCUACCAUCCUUUCUGCUCAGGAACAAAGAUAACGAAGGUGGUGUUACAGAAGGGUUGGCGUUGUCUGGACUGUACAGUGUGUGAGGGUUGUGGGAGGCCUCACGAUGAGAGCCUGCUACUGCUGUGUGAUGAGUGUGACAUCAGCUACCAUACCUACUGCCUCAACCCACCCCUUGACCAUGUACCCAAAGGCACAUGGAAGUGUAAAUGGUGUGUGAUGUGUAUCAUUUGUGGAAGCAAGACCCCAGGGUUUGGUUGCCAAUGGCAGCGCAACUACACCCACUGUGGUCCAUGUCAUAGUAAAGUCUCGUGCCCAGUGUGCCGCAUCAAGUACCAGGAGGAUGAGCUCAUCAUACAAUGUGUACAGUGUUAUAGGUGGUUACAUGCUAGUUGUGAUGGUGUGAUGUCGGAAGAUGAUGCAGAGCGGGCUGCGGAGUUUGGCUACCAUUGCUGCUUCUGUAGACCACGUACCGGGCAGCUCGGACCAUUGCCCCCUGAAGUACCAGCACCUGUAAGUGCUAGAGCAGAGAUAAGUCUCCCAUUUAACUUCCUGCCUCCUCCUAUCAGAGAACCAGAGCCAACUAAGUUCUACCUUAUUGAUGGAGUUCUAGUAUCUCAACAAGCCAAGCGGCAGAUUGAGAAAAUACUGGUAGAGCCACCUAAAGUGCGAAGAAAACGACGUUGGAGUAAAAAGCCAGAUAACUGGGACGAGACACAGGAAGAGACGUUACAACUUGAGAAAAAGAUGGCUGAAAUUCGAGAAGGGCGAAAAACAUCGGAGGGAGAUCCGGCACCUGUAUCUCCUGCAACACCUGCAUUGCAGCGACUCCUUUCUACUGGUUCCGACAAUAAUGAACCAGAACUUGAUGUGAAAUCCCAGGAUGGUUUUGACCUGAAGGCUGAAGCCCUUAAACAGAUUGAAGAUGAGAAACGCAAGAUCAAAAGAAGAAACAAGGAAGAGAGGGAGAGGAAGAUUGGUAUUGGAGGUUUUAUAGUGACGAAGCGUAAGAACUACGGUCGAGGUCGGGGCGAUGGUGGUCCGGGAGAGGGUGAGAAGGCUGGGGUUGUGGGGCUGGCAAGCUUGGAGGUGGAGGACGGCCUAACCCCCGGGCCCACAGAGGAGGACCGACCCAGGAAGUGGGUGAGGAGAAAUGGACCUGGGCGCAGAAAAAGUGUACUCACAGAGAGCUUUCCUUCGUAUAUGCAGGAAGCUUUCUUUGGGAGUGAUAUUCUCAUGAGGAGCCGUGAGGCCGUAAAAGAGGGUGUUCGUAUCCUGGACCAGGAGGAGGAUAAGCAGACAGUUCCAGUCAAACUGUUCACAAGUGUAGAUGUGCGAGAAGAGAGCUCCAUAGAAAUAUCUAGCCAGAUCAAGAAACAACUAGCAGAAUUACCGAAACCUUCGUCUGAGCAAGGUAGUGGGACACCUGCAGGGCAGGAAUCAACGUUAGAGGCUCAUGUAGAAGACAUUCAGCUACCUGAUGAUGUUGACAACUUUGAUAUUGAUGAGAGUUUCAUUAGGAUGAUUGAGGACACUCUGGAUAACAAAAACUUGGAUCAUGAACUGGAAUCUGGUCUAAACAAUGUUGGCUCGCUGCUAGAUGAUGAGGCUGGAGAAGAGGGAGGGGUGGUAGAUGAGAAACCUGUCUCUGGGACUGAGGCUCCCACCCAGAGAUGUACAUCAAGCCCUGCCCCUGUUCCUGGACCCAGUCCCGCCCCUGGAUCAAGAUCAACAGCUGCUCCACCCCCUGCUAGUCAGCAUGAGAGCUUGGACCUGGAGGAGGAGAAGAAUGUUCUAGACCAGAUUCUCGACCACAGGGAAGCAUCACUUCUAUCUGAUGUCCCUGGUCUGGAGCCUAUUGAUAGCAAAACAGUAGAGGAUAUCUUUAAGGGUGUUUUGGACCAGGGGGAGAGUGUGCACCCAGCUGCCCUCUCACAGGGAGACUCAGGGCUUGUUCCAUCUCCCCACAUGUUGCCUCAGUCCCUCCCGGGGCCCCUGCCCGCCAUGUCUGGGACGCCCCAUCCCCACAUCUCCUCCCCUCAUCAGAUGCAUCACCCACCCCCACAUCAACCAGACUCUAUGCCUCAUGGCUUUUCUCUAGGUGAGCAUGGUGGUGGAAUGCAGCCUUCCAUGGGCCAGAGGAACUUCCCUCCAUUUAUGCCUCAAUAUGGGGCCCAGCAGUCACCACAGAUAUACCCCCCAUUCCAUGGUCCUGGGGCAGGGAUGCCACCCCAUUGGCCUCCCUCUAUAACCCCGGAUGAGCCCAGUAGUCAAGACAACAGUCGACGCAACAUGCAGAAGUGGGAGUCAGACGAAGACCUUGGGGAAAAUGCAACCAUUUCACCCAUUCUCUACUGUAACAUUAUGCACCCAGAGUUGAAAACAGAGUAUCCAGAUUGGUCUGAAAGAUCCAAACAGAUUGCCAAGAUAUGGAGGAAACUGACACCGGAUGAGAAGCAGCCUUACCUGUUGAAAGCUCGAAAGAAUCGUGGGUCGGUGAAGCCAAAGGUGAAGGUCACAGCAAAGAAGAAAGAGCCUGCCAUGCCACCUGGCCCUCUGCCUGGCAUGUACAGCCCUGACAAUACAGUAGGUACUCCAGGUGUGCCAAGCCCCAUCAACUCGACCCCCGUUGGGAUGCAAAGUCCGAUUAGGUCUGGAGGCCAGAUGAUCCCUGGAGGUCAGUCACCAAGUCAGCCAAGUCCCAACCAAAGUUAUGUGCAGGACCCUUACCAACAGAUACCAACUACUCCACGUUCACAGGACCCAUAUGGGAUGACACCAUCAACCACUCGUGAGUUUGGCAUGCCUCAGGGGACCCCCCGGCCACCAGGUUCUGAGGGCCUGAGUCACUCACCAUUGGUGCGACCCCCAGGCUCCAUAACACCACAGAGGCCAGGGGAUGGGAGCAACAUGACAGAGCCCUUCUGUAGCCCAGUUCGAAGCCAGGACCAGUUUGGUCACAUGCACCAUGAAGGUCAAUUUAGCCUCCCACGAUCACAAGCCCCGACUCACAGUGGCCACUGGCCUGGGCCGGACCAGGAUCCCUAUCCUAGACCACCAGUGACACCACUACCACUGAGACCUGGCAUGCCAUCUCCUAGGUUUGAGUGCCAGCCAAGUCUACCCAAGGGAGUGACUGAUGACCCAUUUGCCUUUCCAUCAGCCUCAGAGCCUUGUGGUCGUGUGGAGGGUGGUCUGCCAAUGUCCAUGACCGGGGGUAUGCUCCGCCUACGUUGCCCAAGACCCCCAAUGCCUAGGUCAAUGUCAAUGCCUUGUGAUCAAAAUGCCCAAUUUCGACCCAGGAUCCCAGAUGGCAUAAUGUCUGGAGAACACAUGAGGAGACAACCCAUGCCCAAUCCAGGCUUACAACCUACAGAACCAUCUGCUGAUGGUGGCCAGGUGACUGCGGAGAUGCUGGCUAGGAGACAGGAUGAGGCAAGGGCACAACAAGCAGCCAUACUUGGUGUUGGUGUAGAGGGCCAGCAGGACCUGAAUGACAAACUGCAGGACUUUAAACAAAAGAUCCACACCCUUGCUGUUUCCAAGGGCUACAUUCGCGCUGGGAUUGACACCCCACCCAUAACUAGCCAGGGGGAGAAAAGUGGCCACACCUCUGGGACUCAAGGUCAGGGGCAGGUCAUGGAGCCUGGGAAGGGAAAGACAGAGAGGAAAUCGUCAGGCUCUGGUCUUGAGGAGAAACAUGAAGAUGUGGACCUUGGAGAUUUCCUGAAUCCAGAUGGCUCAUUUGAUAUUCUGAAAUGGGCGGACCCAGACUUGGACCCAAGUGACAAAACAAUAUUUGACGACCUUGUGGAUGAUGUGAAACCCAAGGACGGCAAGAAACCAGUUGGACCCAAUAUCAAGACAGAAUCUGGUGUGGUAACUGAUGGCAAGCAAACAGAAGACAACAAAAAGAGUGUAAAUCCGUUCCAAGCUCAGUUUAUGAAGUUCAGUGGUGAAGAGAAGGAUGGUAAAGGCCCUAAUGAUAUCAAACAAGAGCCAGGGAAUAACCAGCCUUCUUCUGCUAAAAAAGAGGGUGAGGAGGCUGGAGAAUCAAAGCCUUCCUCAUGCCCAGGUACCCCUGCUACCCCUGGGGAUCCCAACUUGCUGCGAUCAGGGCCAGGCUCUGUGACAUACCAGUCUGGUGUUCCCUCUGUGCCAUCUCCCCACAUGGGGCUCAACCAGCAGUCUCCAGGCAUGCCCUCACCCUCUCAAAAAGUGAUGCAAUCACCCAAGAGUCAGCCAUCACCCAGAACACCUGGAGAUGGCCAGAUGGCUCAACAGCAGUCACCAUUUUCCCAACAUUCCGUCCAGUCACCAUUUCCUGCAGCGCAGACACCAUCAGCUCCCCAGUCACCGUAUGCUGGCUCAAUGCCAAAGUCUCAGUCACCAUUUGCUAUGCCAGAAGUAUCCACCCAGUCACUUCCAGCCAUGAUGGGACAAGGAUCACCGGUUCCAAAUGCAUACAGUCCAUCCCAUACUCCACCUAUUAAUCUUCCUAUGCAACGGUCACCGAGAGCUGCAGUUCCCUCAAGUGGCCCUUUUCCUGGUCAGGGCCAGUUUCAACAACAGAGUUUCCCUAUGAGAAACCUUGUUCCUGGCCAGCUAGGACAUCCGCCAUUCCCCCAUGCUGGCAUGAGACCUGGAUUGCCGGGGGUUCGACCUCCCACCUCACUCCCACUGUCGCAGUCCCACUCCCAGAUUGCGGGAAGCGGGCCUCUGGUGGAGAUGAGGGCCAUGCACCCGGGCAUGCUCCACCAGUUCCCUAGUCAACCUCCAAUGUCUCCUGGGAAGCCUGGUCAGGCACAGAUGUAUCCAGGCUUGGGGGGACUGCGGGCCAGCACCCCAGGUAGCCAGCCACCCCAGCCCUACAUUUCCCAGCCUGGCGCCCCUACCACCACAGGCACAGCUACCCAAACCACUAGCCAGGGACGAGCACAGCUUCUGCAGGAACAGCCACUCCUAAUACAAGAUCUCCUGGAACAGGAGAAGCUGGAACAGGAAAAGAGGCAGCGUGAGCAGGCAAUGCUGCAGCGGACUGGCGGGGUCCGGCCUGAGGGCAUGAUGGCGCCCCACCCAUCUCACAUGCCCCCAGCUAUGCCACCCAGGAUGGAGGGGCCUAUCAGCAGGCACCCAGGACAGCCAGGGAUGUUUGUACCUUCUGAGAUGGGGGGCAUGCGACCCAGGAUGACUAGUCAACUCAGCCCCCACACACCAGGCCUCCAGCAGUUUGGGCCCCUAGGUGUGCCCCCUGGCCCAGGGGGUCCAGUACCCCCACCCAAACCUCCCACUCCAGUUGAUGGCACCCCAGACAUGGACAAGCAGCAUUUUGUAUACGAGAACUGGCUUACGAAGCAGAGGGAGUACCUCGACAUGAGGGUCAAGUUCCUGGAGCAACAAAUACAGAAGCAAAAACGUACAAAGAAGGCCAUUAAUGCCAGGAAUAGACAGGCAAAGAAGAAUGGUCAGGAGAUGCCUGCCCAGGAUGUGAUGGAGCUGGAGCGGGCCAACCAGGAAGUGAGCAUGCUCAACAAGGAGUUAGACGCCAUGAAGAAACAGAGAACCAAACACCAACUAGCCAUACAGGACUACCGCGGGAAACAACAGGAGCGGCUUAGCCAGCAAAUGGCGCAGCAUGGCCAACCUUCCCCAGGGACAGGACCUGGGAUGCCACAUGGGACAGGGCCUGGGAUGCCCCACGUGAUGGGACCUGGAAUGCCCCAUGGGAUGCCGCCUAACUCCAUGCCGGGCAUGCAGCCCCCACUGCCUCGCAUGCUCGGGGCCCAGGGCUCAGCCCGCCUCACCCCAAGCAUGAGGCAGGAGUAUGACAUGUACAUGCAACAGAGACUCAGACAGAUGGCCCCAGGCAUGCCUCAAGGCCAGAGAAUGCCAAGACCCCCAAUGAUGGCUCCCGGGGCCACGCAGGGAGCCCAGUCGCAACCAAGAAUGGCCAUAGGAGACAAUAACCCGUUCAGUGACAACUACCAGCAGCAAGAGCAGAUCGAAAAGAUAAGAGAAAAUCAAGCCAAAAUUACUGAUAAGCCAGAAUGUGGAGGAGUGGAGGGCCCAGUAGGAUCUGGGGGAGUGCAAGGUUUCAGUGAACACCCUCGAUAUCCGGGCCCAAGAGAGCCUCAACCACCUCAGUCUGUCAUGGUGUCGGGCCAUGCGCAACUCCCCAGGGUACUCAGGUUCCCAGGGCCACCUGUGGAGGGGGCCCAGGGGGCCUGGGUUCAGGGUUCACGGUUCCCAAUGGAACAGAUUGGGCCCCGCUUGCCAGCAGCCCCUGGGCAAGAGCAACACAGACAACCUGGGGCUUUCCCUACUACGCCCACCUCCAGCCAGCCAUUAGGCACAGAAAUAAACGCCCCUCCCCCAUCUGUGGAUGCAGUGACUAACACUGAGCCAAAAGAAAAAGGGAAGAAAAGGAAGAAAAAGAAAAAACCUGCUGAUAGUGCACCUCUGUCUGGCCAGCCUCCCCAGGGAAAACCCCCACCUAUGCAGUUCAAGCCCCAGGAUGAGACUGAGCGGCGUAUUAUGGAGAUCCUUAACAACACUGCCAACAUGCAGCGGGCCACCACCACACCCUCUACCUCAACCCCUGCAACUGAAGCAACAAUAGCUGGUUCCACUCAUCAAGCCAGUGAAUGUGCAGUCACAGGGAGCCAGAUAGCCGUGAUGGCAGCAGCACCAACCCAGAUAGUCACAUCCAACACUCCACCUAUGGCUAAGACUCCCCCAGUUCAAGGGAGGAUAACCCCUGGUCAGCAGGGAAGGGUAACUCCUGGAGUUCAAGGUCGUUUGACACCCGUACAGCAGGGACGGUUAACCCCUGGGUCAGCAGGAAGGACAACACCAGGAUCUCAGGGAAGAAUGACCCCAGGAUCACAGGGUAGAGUCACUCCUAACCAGCAAACCAGCAGUUCCAGGGUGCCUUCACCAGGAAUGGGGCUAGUAAGUCUGCCAACUACCGGCUUAGGGGAGAUAACAGUUGCUGGGCCUAUAUCUUCCAGCCCUACUCCCUGUGGUGGAUCCCAACCUAGCACAUCAUUACAGUCACCCAGCAACCAGCAGCCAGCCACUGCUUCCCUUUUAACAAAUGUGCAAGAAUCGCAGGGACCAAGCAAACAAAAUAUUAGCAAAAUAGAAGAUCAGUCCAUCAGUCAUCCAGAUUCAGUUAUAUUAGGGGAAAAACCAAGUUCAGUUCCAGCUGGACAGAUGCUAGUUCGACCAGGACUUCCUAACCUUAGUGCCAGAAUACCAGGCCAGGCUAUGUUCCCACAUAUGGCACCUGGUCACCCAGUUCGACAGCCAAUUGGUCAAGCAACACCCCAGACAGCACAUCCCAUGCAGAGCAAACCAAGCAUAGUUCCAGGACACAGAACUGGAAUGUCUGGACAUGAAGGUGGUCUAAUGCCUCAACAGAUCCACCCUGCGUUUCAGGGCCAUAGAGGCCCCUACCCAAGCUUCCAACAAGGCCACCCCACAGCAUCCCUACCUCAACAGUUCAGGCAUAUGCUUCAGAGAGGUGAUACCUCACAACUGCCACCUGGCUUCCAAAGAUUUGAACAAAUAAGGCAGCCCCCACCUAUGCCACACUGGAUUGCUCCUGGAGCUGAGGGCAAUUCCAUUUCAGCAAGAAAAUCUCCAAGGUUGAGUACACCAAAUAUAGCAGCAACUCCAGGGCUGUCAGUGCCAGGUCCCUCUGUUAACCCACCUCAUUCUAGUUCUCAGGUUCAACAUCAAUGUACCUCAGCUGCAAUAACUUCAGCUGCUGGGUCUGGUAGUCCAUUAUCCACUAUUAGUGCACAAACCUGUGCAUCUAGCUAUAUAAUAACUCCAUCAUUGCAACCAUCUGUUUCAACUGCUGCCACCGAAAUAUUGCAGCCACAGAGAGUGUCACCUGUGACACUGCCUGUACCUAGUCACAUUAUUGCUGGACUCAAUGUUCCAUCCGACCAAACAAUGGACAGUUUUGAUCAGUCAACUGUUUCAAAGGAAACUUCAGAGUCUUUAAUAAAUGAUGAAUCUCAUUCUGACAGAGACCUGUCAAGUCAAGCUAACCCAGAUUCUAGUCAAGUCCCUGAAAUGGUAAUUUGUAAUAAAGAUGAUGACAACCAAAGCAACGAAUGCACAGAUGGGAAACACUGUGGCACACCACCUCCACACAAAGAUAAAGGGGAAACAUGCACAGAUGAUAUUCACUUUGGCACGCCACCUCCACAGGAAAACAAUGGGAAUUUUUCGGACAGGAUUCAUUGUGGUACUCCACCUCCACAGGAAAACACUGGAACUUGUUCAGAUGGAAUUCACUGUGGCACACCACCUCCACAGGAAAACAUUGGAACUUGUUCAGAUGGAAUUCACUGUGGCACACCGCCUCCACAGGAAAACAUUGGAACUUGUUCAGAUGGAAUUCACUGUGGCACACCACCUCCACAGGAAAACACUGGAACUUGUUCAGAUGGAAUUCACUGUGGCACACCACCUCCACAGGAAAACACUGAAACUUGUUCAGAUGGAAUUCACUGUGGCACGCCACCUCCACAGGAAAACAUUGGAACCUGUUCAGAUGGAAUUCACUGUGGCACGCCACCUCCACAGGAAAACAUUGGAACCUGUUCAGAUGGAAUUCACUGUGGCACGCCAUCUCCACAGGAAAACACUGGAACUUGUUCAGAUGGAAUUCACUGUGGCACACCACCUCCACAGGAAAACACUGUAACAUGUUCAGAUGGAAUUCACUGUGGCACACCACCUCCACAGGAAAACAGGGACACUUGUUCAGACAGAAAUCACUGUGGCACACCGCCUCCACAGGAAACCAGUGGAACUUGUUCAGAUGGAAUUCAUUGUGGCACACCACCUCCAGAGGAAAACAUUGGAACUUGUUCAGAUGGAAUUCACUGUGGCACACCACCUCCACAGGAAACCAGUGGAACUUGUUCAGAUGGAAUUCAUUGUGGCACACCGCCUCCACAGGAAAACAUUGGAACUUGUUCAGAUGGAAUUCACUGUGGCACACCGCCUCCACAGGAAAACAUUGGAACUUGUUCAGAUGGAAUUCACUGUGGCACACCACCUCCACAGGAAAACACUGGAACUUGUUCAGACAGAAACCACUGUGGCACGCCGCCUCAACAGGAAAACACUGGAUAUUGUUCAGAUGGAAUUCACUGUGGCACACCGCCUCCACAGGAAAACACUGGAACUUGUUCAGAUGGAAUUCAUUGUGGCACACCGCCUUCACAGGAAGCCAGUGGAACUUGUUCAGAUGGAAUUCAUUGUGGCACACCGCCUCCUCAGGAAAACAUUGGAACUUGUUCAGAUGGAAUUCAUUGUGGCACACCGCCUCAACAGGAAAACACUGGAACUUGUUCAGAUGGAUUUCAUUGUGGCACACCGCCUCCACAGGAAAGUGCUGGAAUUUGUUCAGAUGGGAUACACUGUGGCACACCGCCUCCACAGGAAAACAUUGGAACUUGUUCAGAUGGAAUUCAUUGUGGCACACCGCCUCCACAGGAAAACAAGGAAACUUCUUCAGAUGGAUUCCAUUGUGGCACACCGCCUCCAAAGGAAAACAGGAAGACUUGUUCAGAUGGAAUUCACUGUGGCACACCACCUCCACAGGAAAACAGGGACACUUGUUCAGAUGGGAUACACUGUGGCACCCCACCUCCACAGAAAAACAGUGGGAGUUGUUCAGAUGGAAUUCACUGUGGCACACCACCUCCACAGGAAAACAGUGGGACUUUUUCUGACACUUGUACAGAUGGAAAUAACUGUGGCACUCCACCACCAGAACAAACUAACUCACAAAAUGAAUCUCAGGUUAAUCAGGUCAAUAUUUCUCAAUCACAACGUUAUUCAGAAAGCCUUACAGUUGUUACAACUGCAUUUGCAGGCAGUCAGCAGGCUUUAAUGUCACCCCAGCAGAUAGCGGUCCAGGUUGACCACCCGUACAUAACCCAACCUCCUCCUGAUAUUCCUGCCCCAAUACCCUCGCAGGCAAGAGAAAGUGCUAGUGUGGACAUUCAGCCUAGAAGUCCAGGAGGUACAGUGGCAUUGAUACAGACUGGGGAAAAAAGUGCCUUCUCCAGUACAAGCACUUCACAGAAUGCCUAUGAAUCUAAACAAUGGCUUCAAGAUCAAGAUUCAAAAGUUGAACCAUGUCCGGAACAAGAGCCAAUGGAUGUUGAUCUUAAGCCAAAGACAAAUGUGGAAGUCACCAAUAGCGAAGUACCGCAACCCUCAGUUGUAUCUUGUUUAGAUUCUUUACCUGCAAGAAAUACAGCAACACAGUGUGAAUAUAUUGCUGGCUCAUAUUCUGCACAAGUGGAAUCAAAAGCUUCUGUUGGUACUCCACCAAUCGAAGAAAAGUCAACAGAACAAGUGCAAGAGAAAGGACAUCUACCAGAUGAUUUUUAUAGUCAGUUGCAUAAAUUAGAGAGUGAACAAGCUGAUAAUAAUUUUUUAUCUGCCAAAAAUACAGGGGAAUCUAAAGGUAGUACUCAUUCUCAACAACCAACAAUACCACAGACAAAUAUGCCAGAGACAGUUGAAGCACAAGCAAAAUCAGAUGCCAUGGUCAAAACACAGGCACCAACAAAUACCUUACUUGCUCCUACAUCAUCCAUGCCUAUAACAGCUGGUCAGCUGGCAACAGCAGUUACUGCAGUAUCAUCUUUGGAGCCACUGCCUAAACAAGAACUGCAACAGCAGGCAAUGACCCAACCUACUACUCGUCAGACUGCAGCACCAGUCUCACUAGUCGGGCCUCUCACCACAGUACCAAGGCCUCAACAUUAUGACAGCCUACCCUCAGUUCCUGGGAAAGUGCUACAGAGACCAUCUGCUCCAAGACCAGGCUUUCCCAUUGCUGGAAAUUUCCAACCUUCUCAAGAGGGGUUAAUGCCUCAACAGACUUCUCAAGCACAGGUUCCAGGACAGCACAUGCCUAUGGUUUCAGGUGCAAUGACUGGCAUGCAGAGGAUUCCUAAUAUGGAAGCAUUUGAUAAUGGUAGAGGGAUUCAGUCACAGCAGCAGAUGAUGGGUGGACCUCAAAGAAUUAUGAGACCAGAAUUUAUGCAGGGAAUGCCAGGUCAGGACCUGAGAAUGGUUGUAAGAAGUCAGCAGAAUCCACGAAUGGUAUCUGAGAUGGUCAGACCAGGAAUGGACCAAAGGCUGAGAAACCCUAUGCAAAUAAGACUACCACACAGUCAAUUGCAAGGGUUCUCAGAAAUUGAUCAAAAGGACCCUAUGCCAUCAUCCUCUCAAGGACAGGAUCCAAGAUACAUUCUUCAAGACCCAAGGUAUGCUAUGGCAGUCCAUCCAGGCAUGAAUCAAGAGCAGAAGUACUACAUGGCAGAUGCUAGACAUCAGAUGAGCUACAGGCAUAAUAUGUACCACCAGAGACCCAGAUUCCCAGGCCAUAUUGAGCCAGGUGCACAACACCAACAACAGAUGCACCAUCCACAAGCUAGACCUCCAUUCUCUCCGAUGCCAGGACAGGCACUGCCAGCUACUUCACCAGGAUCAGGCAUGGGACCUAUGCAACUGCCCACUUCAGUUCAAGGUCCGUCUCCAACCUCCCUGCCAGGACACAUGCCCCCAACAAGUAAAUACCUUGGUCAGACUCAAAGCCACCUGGCCAAGCCAGCUACACCAGGGACACCAGUAGGUGGGCCAGUCUCACAGUCACCACCAUUUCCAUCCAGUCCACAUACACCUGUAGAUGUGAAACCAAACAUUGCAAUGCCAAGUCCUGUAGGCAGGUCACCACCCACACAGCCCAACAGCAAUAGGUCCACCCCUGUCUCACGGCCUCCCAGUGUACAGAGACAGUCUCCAGCCCUGUCAGCAGGAAGCCACAGUCAGCGGUCAUCGCCCGCCCAUAGUCAUAUUCAGGGUCAGUCACCAGAUCAUGCAGUAGGACAAGUCACCUCUUCCAUAGGUGAUGAUAUGCAGUUGCCCUCUGUGUCAGCUACCUUUGCAGCAGCAGGAAUGAUGAGAUUGGCAGAAGAAAUACCUGGCCAACCACCAUACCCAACAACCAAACCAACAUUGUCAGCACCAACUGCCAAUACAGUGCCUGGAUUUUCAUCCGUAGCUUCAAUAGUUCAUAAUGUUUCAACAGUUUCAUUCACAGCACUCAGUUCCACCCCGACAUCAGCUCCAGCGGAAGUAUCAUUGCCUCCCAGUACAUUUGUUAAGACAGAGCCAAAUGCAUCAGUAGCUGGCAGCACAGCAUCAACUCAGACUCCAGUUCAUGGACACCCACCCUCAUCCAGCAUGCCCAUGUCAGAGGCAGGGUUAGUACCUGGGAACAGUUUGGAAUUUCUUGGUACCCCAGUGACUGCUGUACAGGUUUGUGUUGGGGAGGCCCAGUCAGGUAUCCACAAAGCUCUGGGUAGCCUACAAACCCCUGGAGGACACAGAUUUCAUGGCCCUCCUGCCAGUGCCCUCCAACCAUCUAGACCUCGGCCACCUCGAUCACAACAAACAGUCAACCAACCCAGAUACCCUUUGCCUGGAAAUUUGCCUCCCCAUCUUGUCGGGAUGUUGUAUAGCCAGAGACCACCAAGAGGAAUGUACAACCCACACGAGCGUGAUCCAUCAAUGGUACCACUGAGGUUUCCACAGGGACAUAUAAUGGGGAUGGGACCAAGAGGAUUUCCAGGCCAGCCACAGGAGUCGGCAGAAAUCCAGAUUGGACCUCGGCAUCACAUGAUGCAGCAUCCAGGAAUGCGCCAUCCUGGAAUGCGACAAAUAGGUUCCCACCCACCCUUAUCCCAAAUGUCCCCCACAGGCCACCCUGGUGCUCCACAGAUGCACAUGCAACAGCUUGGACCAUCAACCACAGGCAUGUCGAUGAUGGGACCACCGGGACUGCCACACGCCAUACCUACACAAACAUCCACAGAGAUGCCCUCACCUACCCAGCGACACCCAGGUGUUUCACCAUCCCCAAGCUCUGUUCCAUCUACACCUUCCCCCACAUCAGUCUCUUUUCCUCCAGGUAUGAUUCCCCCCGCAUCAGCAGCAGCCUCAUUUCCUCAUGGUAUGAUGACUCCAACAUCAGCAGCAUUAGCCAUAGCCUCCAGCCCUCCAGGCUUCACAGGAGGUGAGUUCCAUUCAAGACCACCAUUUCAACAAUUUCAGCGCAUGCAAGGCAACCAUAGAAUGCCAUUUGAUCCAAGAAUGCAAAUGGACCCUAGAAUGCAGUUUGAUCCCAACAGCCAGCGGUUGAGGCUAGAAGAUCGAAGGCAACAUGGUGAGGGUAUGGGGCUAAGGUUUCCCCCUGCUGGUUUUCAGCCCAUGUCCUCUGUUGGUGAACAACAAGAGACAAUGCACCAAAUGUUAGCUGGCCAGGGGACCGGGGGUGGGGCUAUGAGGCCACCGGGUAGCCAUUCCCAUGACCCACGGGCUGCAAGCAACGCACAGGCCAGCCAAAUCACCAUUGUAAAACAAGAACAACCAGACCCAAUGGUGCUUAGUAUGGACCCAGCCCACGCCCUUUUGAAGAGACUUCUCGCUAAGAAUUCAAAGGCUGCUGCAAUCUCUGGCAAGGUCACACCCUCAUCUGAACACUCAGAGCAGGACUCUAACGAUGUAGGGAGUAUGCAGCUGACACCGGAGCAACAGCGACAGUUAGAAGAGAUAGAGAAGAUGCCCCUUACCAAGGAACACUCCAUGCUUGACUCUACCCUCAUAGAUAUCAACGACCCUGAUAUUGAUGCAAAGCGUCAGGAGUUUGAACGUCGAAGGAAAGAGUUAGAAGACAUGCGUAAAGUUAAACGUAAGGGUACUGAUGGGACUCCUAAGAAGCGGACAAAAAAGAAGAAGGACACAGGACAGCAACAGGUCGUAGCCCUGCAGGGCCAUGACCCCCUGGGGAUAUUCGAGCCACCCAGUGGGGCAGACAAGUCCCUUGCACACGCUCCAGUUUUCCCUGGUGGUGGAGAGUUUGGUGUAGUAUCCCCGCCUGAGGUUAAGGGGAAGAAGCGUCGUAAAAAGAAGGAAAAGGUUGUAGAGGGAGGUGGGGAGGGGGUGGCCCAAGAGAGCCUGUAUGAGACGUUCAACCUUCAGCUCAAACAGCUACCCCCUGUGCCCCUUGUGGAGCCCUUCGUUGGACACAUGCAUGCCAUCUGCUCUCCAGCAGGUGCAGCUCAUGAUGCUACAGGAGAGAGCCAGUUGUGUGGUCAGUUUGGUUGUAUGAGUGCAACGGAGCAGCAGACAGACUUCUAUGACGAGUUACUGCUGGGGAACGCCUCACCCACACAGCUCAACAUGCAACUCAACACCUUGAAGAAGGCAACUGAAAAAACAGACAUUGUUGCUGGUGUGCUAGAGGAUCAGCAACGUUACAAGAUGAUGGUGGAUUCCAUCAGUAGUGAUAGUGAGAGGCUGUCCCCACCUUUUGUGCUGGCCAGUCUUGGUGCGCCACGGGGCUCUGUCCCAAUCUUUCCACCUCACCCAAGAGUCCAGCCAAAGAUGCCUCCACCAAAGAUGAGUGGAAGUCCAGACUCAAUGAUAUGUUCAUCCUCCCCUGAGACAGGCUUUGGGGAUGACGAUAAGGGUGUAUUCCCCAUGUUGAGACCAAUAGAGCCAGCAGUUAAUGAAGGUGAGGUGCGCACAUCCCCUACUGUGCCCCUCCUCCAGCCCCUCCCUCUCAAGGCCCCAACUUUUAUGGUGAAAAAGGAACAGCUCACUGAGGAAGAGUUGCACAUCCAGGCAGCCAUCAAAACACCAUUAAACGUACAGAUACCCCCACAGAAAGGCAAACAGGAGCUCAAUUCAGCCCUCUCUGCUCUAGCACGAAAAGAGAUUGAUCCAAUCACAGGGGUAACGAGGUCAUCCAAGGAUUCUUCGGCUAAUGCAGAGGUGUCUGUGACCCUGACAUUGUCUGCAAAGGCUGCGGAGGAUAUAGGAGGAGUGCUCUCUGCUAUUGCAGACCUACUUAAGAUUGCAGCCCCACCAACAUACAAAGUCAGCCGGAGCCCUUCACCAGAACAGCAGUUCAAGGCAACCCUUAAACACAAAGAGGAGGCUUUCAGGAUUCAAACCCUGCCCAAAGCUAAGCAGAUUUCCUGCCAACAAUGUGAAGUGGUUUUUGUCAAUGCUGGCAUUCACAAGAAGAAAUCAGAUAUACCUUCCCUUACCAAAGAAGAAAGGGAUGUUGAAGAUGAUGAGAUUACAUUCUGCAGUCAGAGCUGUUACACAAGUUUUGUAUCAACCCGCCAGAUCACAAGUCGACCUGCUACCAUGGACAUUUCCUCGCAUGACUCCAUCCUUGCCCUCUCCCUCUCCACGCCUCCCAUAAGAGACCAGGGCCUGUUAAGCCCGCAUGAAUUGACCCCUUGCUCUAGUGGGGGAGGGACCCUGUCAGUGACCCCCAGCCCAGGCUUCGAGUCCAUGGACACCACCCCCAUCAAAUCUGGUCCCCCCACCCCACAGCUGGGCAGCCCCACCUUGGGAAGACCGAGAAUGGAGCUGGGAAAAAGGCCAUUUAGACGCAGCUCUAGCUUAACAGACACACGGCCUGUUAUGGAGAAGCGUUGGAAAAAUGAGCGUUACAAGCGGUUUGAAGUAAACAUGUUCCCAGAGGUUCAUGUAUCCUGCAAGAAGGAGGAGGAGCAAGGCAAGUUGUGGGGUGAAUUCAGUGUGGCCCUGAAGCACAGUCAGGACAAGGUGACAGACCAGCGCACAUGUGAGUUCUGUCAGGAGUGCGGGGACGGCAAGACAGACGGACCAGCCAGAUUGUUAAAUGUGGAUAUUGACAUGUGGGCUCACCUGAACUGUGCCCUGUGGUCCCAGGAGGUGUACGAGACACUUAAUGGAGCAUUGAUGCAUGUGGACCAGGCAUAUCGUCGCGGGGCAAAACACAAGUGCGUUGUGUGUGUAAAGCCUGGAGCCACCAUCGGCUGCUUCAAGCAGCGCUGCUCUAACAUUUACCAUGUACCAUGUGCACAGCUUGUGGGAUGUGUCUUCUUUGAAGAUAAGACGAUCCUGUGUCCACCGCACACUCCAAAGGGCGUUCAGAUGGAGCAGGUACUCAAGUCCCUGGUUGUUUACAGACGCGUGUACAUCAACAGAGAUGAAGACGCACAAGUUGCCAACAUGUUGUUACAAGAGGAUGGGCAGAACACCCUGCGACUCGGCUCCCUUGUGCUACAUGCCAUGGGACAGCUCCUGCCCCACCAGAUGGCCAGUGGACGCUUCAACUCACGAGACCACAUCUAUCCAGUUGGGUACAAGACGUCACGCUUCUACUGGAGUAUGAGGACCCUUUACCGGCGUAGCCGCUAUAUCUGCAGUAUCCAAGAGAAGGAGGGGGCCCCAGUGUUUGUUGUCACAGUGCUCGAAGAAGGUCACACCGACCUUGUGGUACAGGAUCCCACCUGUGCUGGUGCGUGGAAGGCCAUACUGGAACCCCUGGAGAAGUUGAGACGGGAAGCGGACCUUGUCAAGGUGUUUCCCACCUUUACCACGGGGGAGGAACUAUACGGGCUCACUGACCCUAACAUAGUCAGGCUUGUCGAAUCAUUGCCUGGUACAGACCUGCUACGUGAUUAUGCCUUCAAAUUUGGGCGUCGUCAGUUGAUAGCCCUGCCCCUCACAAUCAACCCUUCAGGCUGUGCAAGAUCGGAGCCAAAACUGAGGACACACUUUAAGAAGCCACACACCCUACAGUCGAGCAGCACUCACUCGUUGCCAUCUCAGACAACUGGUCUCACCGGGGACCUCAACUCUCCGUACAUGAAGCACUUCGUACAUAGCAAGUCCCAGCAGUACCGACGCCUCAAGACUGAGUGGAAGAACCUAGUCUACCUCGGCAGGUCGCGCAUCCAGGGGCUCGGGCUGUAUGCAAACAAGGACCUUGAAAUGCACACCAUGGUCAUAGAGUACAUUGGUGAUCUUAUCCGCAAUGAAGUGGCAAAUAGACGGGAGCAGACAUAUGAAAGUCAGAACCGCGGUGUGUACAUGUUUCGUAUAGACAAUGAGACAGUGUGUGAUGCUACAAUGGCAGGUGGCCCUGCCCGCUAUAUUAACCAUUCUUGUGACCCGAACUGUGUGGCCGAGGUUGUGGAUAUAGACAAGGAGAGUAAGAUCAUCAUCAUUACAAACCAGCGGAUCUCACCUGGGGAGGAGCUAACAUAUGAUUAUCAGUUCGAUUUUGAGGAUGACCAGCACAAGAUUCCUUGUAACUGCGGAGCGCCAAACUGUCGCAAAUGGAUGAACUGAUCAUAUGCUGGCCACGGUGUUUCCAUGGAAACACUGUCGUAUGACUACCAGUUUGACAAGGAGGACGAGGAGAGCAAAAUUCCCUGUAACUGUGGAGCGUGGAACUGCCGCAAGUGGAUGAACUGAUCACUUACAGAAUAACGCCUGUGUAUCACGUACGAGAAAGGAAUGCUUGGAGUGACACAUCUUAUAUUCACUGGUGUUAUACAUUGACAAUGGUUAUCAUCUACUGUGAAAGAAAAUUGUGCAAGACCAGGUUAUGGACAAUAUUGCUAAUUAACCUUCACUUAUUGAUUGUACAUUGAAAUUUCAACUAUCAAUUUGUUUGAUUCCCCAUCUCCAAUGAACUUUCAGGAAUGAAAAAACCCCAUACAUUUUUUGAUAAGAUAUGUUUAACUAUAACAGUGUAGUGACCUGGUGUGUUAUAGGCUAGAUGAUCACGUAAAUAUUUCAUUACAUUAUAAAAUCACUAUCCUGACAAUCAAAUGUAGUGCGCAUAAACACAUUUUGGUCAUAGCAACCAUGUAUCCCAAAGUAGUGGUAGUAUAAUUGCAUGUAUUGACUUGAAAAAAACAGUAGUCUAUCAUUGCAUUUCAGACGCGUUACCUUUUUUUUUUUUUAAGCAAACGAGCAAGCUGAUUAUUUCACCUAGAGCAGUUGUAUAUGCUGAUGUGUUAUUGUUGAAUUUUUUUAUAGGUGAUUUUUACAGUUUCAUGCUUUAAGAAAGUAGAUUUCAAGCUUUAAACUUGAUGUUGCUACCUCACAAGAAAUGGAAAUUAGCCAUCUAUUUGAAGAUAUUUUUGAAAUCUAUGUAAUGGAUAGUGUACACACGUUUUCACUUUUAGUCCUAAUUGCCAAAAUGUGCUCCCUUAUUCGUUUUAUCUAUAGUUCAUUUGUAAAUAUCCAUAUAAUUUGGCAUUUGCAGAAAUGAGAUGAAGUGUAUAAAUAUUGUACGUGUUUAAAAUAUUGUGAAUUUGGUGUUAUUUUGACUAAAAUUGAGAAAAAUUCUGCCUAGAAAUGAACAGGAAUGCUUCCAAAAAUAGUCAGAAAAGAGAGAAAAAAUUGUGUUAACAUUUGUUUCUUUAAAAAUACACAUAUCCUUCUAUUAGUUGGGGGUAGUGGCGAAAUAAAUAUACAUAUAUAUUUAUUAACUUUUGUUCAAACAAUUUGGAUUGAGAUUUUUAUUUACUUUUGGGGGAGAAUGUUUAUGUUCAGCAUGGGGAAUGGUAUCAAAAUUGUUAAAAAACACACACAAAAACACUGAAAUUAAAUUGCAAUACAGAUUAUAUUCCAUUAAAUGUGUUAAAUAUGUAGAAAGUACAAUUCAGUGGUUCUUUCAAGUUAUGCAAUUUUAUGAGAUGCCUUUUUAGACUGUGUGCAGGACACUGGAAAAGGUUUCCAAAACUAUUUGAAUAGGCUACUUUGAUGUUUAGAAUAUAUAAAUUUUAUUAUAAAAUUAGUGUUAGUAGUUGUAAGAUGUUGAUUAUUUUGCAUUUUAUUAGAAUUUUAUUUGUGGAUGUUUUGUUAUAUUUAUUAACUGCUGAAAGUUAAUGAAUUGAUCUAACGGAAGCUGUCAAAUGUAUUUGUUAUGUUUAACAACUGUUACAUGAAAUAUAUUGUUUGUGUUGUAAUCAGUUCAUUAUCUUGUGUACAUAUUGUCAUUGAUAAGUUAUUACCAUCUUGCAAUUAUUCCAAACAGACAUUGAUCUCGGUGACAUGAGGCAGCAGUUGUGGUGAACAAAAGACUAACAAAAUGUUGUCAUGGCAACUGGACACUUUUAGCCAGGGGUGUACACAUUAUGCAAACAUAUGUAGGUGUACAUUAAAAACAUUGAAUACAUUCAGGUUCAUCCAUGAUGACCUUGUAUCAGGGUCAAUCCUGACUCACUAGGGUCUUCUUAGGCAGGCAAGCUAGGUGAUAUUCAUAAUAAGUUUGUUUAGAAAAAUGAUUUUAAAGAUGAUUUCAGUUUUGCCUUGUAUUUUUACAUAUGUGUUAGUUAUCACUGUCCUGGUUAAUAAUGUAUUGUUUGUUAGUGUGUAGUUGUAAACUAUGUAAUCAUAAUAUCUGUAUUAUUAAAGGCUGUUUUGUACAUGUAAUACAUUUUAUAUAGUCACUUCAUUUUGUACCACUUUUAAUAGAAAUUUCCUAUGAAAUGUUUUCAUUUAAAAGUCUGGUACAGUUAUCAAUACAUUUCUAUAAAAACAA